AUGAUUCUUAAUGAUUAUAUCUCAUUUUUGAGAAAUAUCAAAUAUUUUUUUAUAUUUUGUAUAUUGGUAACUACAACACCGCGAUACUCAAUAGUAAAUUGCGAGUCUGAUCAUUCUAUCCAUUUUAAUCAAUCUGAGCAACGUCUAAAUAACAACCGUCGUAAUUUCAAAUCUACUUUGAGGAAGAGGUCAAGUAUUAAAAACAGGGGUGCUUCAAGUGAUCAAUUAAUUCAAACUAGACAAGAAAUUCAAACUAGUCAAGAUAAUGGAACUUUUACCAACGUGACAACAUCAAAUCAAUUAAUUAGUGAUGGGGCAAAUUCUGUUUGUGGAGAUCUUUGUAUUUUAGGAAUUAUGAUUGGAAUAGUUGUUAUAAUCGUUUUAAUCGGUUUUGGUGUAUUUUUUGUGAUACGAAAAAGAAAAAGAAUGAAAAUAGGUGUUACUUCAAAACGUAUGACACCUAGUUCUCCAACUACUGUAGAUGAUUUUCUUAAACCAUCAACAAGUCCUCCAUUAUUUGAAUCCAGAUUAAAUGAUGAAGCUGAAGAAUUUGCUUUAAAAUUUCCUCCACAAGAAGAAAUUCCUCCAAAUGAACAUGUUGUAUAUAUUCAAAGUCUUGGUGGUGCAAAAGCUUGGGAAUGGGUACCUGAUGAAGAUUUAUUAUCUCAACAACUCGUUUCAAUAACAAAUGAAGGAAGUGUCAUCUCUUUUAAUAAAAGAAUUGAUUCCAUGGUACAAACAAAUUAUCCUUUCUUUAUACCUCAAACCGAAGGUGAUACUAUUUAUGAACCUCCAUUUGAACAACCUGAAACUAUGGAAAAAAGAGGUGGUCAAAUAUUGCAUUAUUUUGAAAUUACUAUUAAAUCAAAUCCAGAUAUAAAAAAUACUACUAUAGCUAUCGGUCUUGCCACUAAACCUUACCCUCAUUUUAGAUUACCAGGAUGGAAUAUAUAUUCAGUUGGUUAUCAUUCAAAUGAUGGAAAAAAAUACAAUGACGCACCUAGUGGUAGCAAUUAUAAUCAACCAUGGGGUGAAGUAGGUGAUACUGUAGGUUGUGGAUAUAAUCCAGAUGUUGGUCAAGUAUUUUUCACAAAAAAUGGUCAAUUCUUAGGGAAUGCAUUUACAAAUAUACGUCAUAUAUGGUUUCCAACUAUAGGUGCUAAUGGUCCAUGUACUAUUGAAACUAAUUUUGGAGAUAAUUAUGAUAAAGAAUUUAGAUAUGAAGCUGCUCGUGGUUAUGGACCUGGUGAUAGUCCUCGUAUUAGAACCGAUUAA